GCUUUUCAAAAAUCGAGAUCGAGUACUCCGUGAAAAAGAUAACCAGUAUCACACUCUCCUACGCUCAAUAGGUUUGAUCGAAAGAAGAGAAUGGCAUUUUCUCAAUUCUCUACAACUUCGUGUCCGUCUUCGUCGUCGGAGUCGUUUGUGCAAUUCUGUUCUUUGUCGAGGUUCAUCGGCUUUGGUGCGAGGAGUGGAAACUCGUUGAAGUGGCGGUCGCGGCGUGUGACGAGGUCGUUUUCGGUGAAGACUGUGUCCGCUGAGCGCAAGGCUAAAGUUAAGGAGUCCGUUGUUAAAGAAGCAACUAGCGGUUAUAAUCCAGAGUCUCCAGAUGCUGCCUCUGUUGCCUCGAGUAUCAAGUAUCAUGCAGAGUUCACCCCAUUGUUUUCCCCAGAAAAAUUUGAGCUUCCGAAGGCGUUCUAUGCCACUGCACAUAGCGUUCGUGAUAAGCUUAUUAUAAACUGGAUUGAGACAUAUAAUUAUUAUGAGAAGUUGAAUGUGAAACAGGCUUAUUAUUUAUCAAUGGAAUUUUUACAGGGCAAGGCACUGUUGAAUGCAAUUGGAAACUUAGGGCUUACUGGUGCUUAUGCAGAGGCCUUGAGCAAGCUUGGACACAAUCUGGAGAAUGUGGUUGCCCAGGAGCCUGAUGCUGCUCUUGGUAAUGGGGGUCUUGGGCGACUUGCCUCCUGUUUUCUAGACUCUUUGGCAACACUAAAUUACCCAGCAUGGGGUUAUGGACUUAGAUACAAGUAUGGGUUAUUCAAACAGAGGAUUACAAGGGAUGGUCAAGAAGAAGUUGCUGAAAAUUGGCUUGAGCUGGGAAACCCAUGGGAAAUGGUGAGAAACGAUGUCUUAUAUCCCAUAAAAUUUUACGGCAAGGUUGUUUCAGGAUCAGAUGGAAAAAGACACUGGAUAGGAGGAGAAGAUAUACAGGCUGUUGCAUAUGAUGUCCCAAUACCAGGGUAUAGAACUAAAACCACAAUCAACCUCAGACUUUGGUCAACUAAAGCUCCUUCUGAAGAUUUUGAUUUAUAUGCUUUUAACUCUGGAGAACAUACCAAAGCAGCUGACACCCUAUCUAAUGCUGAGAAGAUCUGCUAUAUUCUCUACCCUGGGGAUGAAUCUGUUGAGGGCAAGAUCCUGCGAUUGAAGCAACAGUACACCUUAUGCUCUGCUUCUCUCCAAGAUAUCAUUGCACAAUUUGAGAGAAGAUCUGGAACAAAUGUAAGAUGGGAAGAAUUCCCUGAGAAGGUUGCCGUUCAAAUGAAUGAUACGCACCCAACUCUCUGCAUUCCGGAGCUGAUGAGAAUUUUGGUAGAUGAGAAAGGUUUAAGCUGGAAAGAAGCCUGGAAUAUCACACAGAGAACUGUGGCAUACACAAACCAUACUGUUCUGCCUGAGGCAUUGGAAAAAUGGAGUUUAGAACUUAUGCAAAAACUGUUACCUCGGCAUGUGGAGAUCAUAGAAAUGAUUGAUGAAGAGCUGAUUCAUGCCAUAGUUUCAGAAUAUGGCACAGCAGAUGUCGAAUUACUGGAGAAAAAACUGAAGGAGAUGAGAAUUCUAGAAAAUGUCAAUUUGCCUGCCCCCUUUGCUGAUUUGCUUGUAAAACCCAAGGAAAGUGCUGUUGUGUAUCCCAGUGAUAAAGUUAAAAAUUUUGAAGAAGUUGAACCAACUGAUGAAAAACCCAAGGAAAGUGCUGUUGUGUAUCCCAGUGAUAAAGUUAAAAAUCUUGAAGAAGUUGAACCAACUGAUGAAAAACUCAAGGCUGUAAAAAAAAAAAGACCUGCAGCAGAGCAAAAAAAGGAGGCAAAAGUUGUACCUGAACCACCAAAGCUGGUUCGUAUGGCUAAUCUUUGUGUUGUGGGUGGUCAUGCAGUAAAUGGAGUGGCUGAGAUACAUAGUGAAAUAGUAAAAAAUGAAGUAUUUAAUGAGUUUUAUAAGUUAUGGCCUGAUAAAUUUCAAAAUAAAACAAAUGGGGUUACACCAAGAAGGUGGAUGCUUUUCUGCAAUCCAGAUUUAAGUAAAAUUAUCAGCAAGUGGAUCGGCACGGAAGACUGGGUCACAAAAACUGAGAAGUUGGCUGAGUUAAAAAAGUUUGCAGAUAAUGAAAAUCUCCAAAACCAGUUCAGGUUGGCAAAAAGGAACAACAAAAUGAAAGUUGCGUCACUCAUCAAAGAAAAAACAGGCUAUUUGGUCAGCCCUGAUGCAAUGUUUGACAUCCAGGUGAAGCGCAUCCAUGAAUAUAAGCGGCAACUGAUGAAUAUAUUGGGAAUUGUUUACCGUUACAAAAAGAUGAAAGAAAUGAGUGCUGCAGAAAGGAAAGCAAAGUUUGUUCCACGAGUUUGUAUAUUCGGGGGAAAAGCUUUUGCUACUUAUGUGCAAGCCAAGAGAAUUGUGAAAUUUAUCACUGAUGUUGGGGCUACUGUCAAUCAUGAUGCUGAAAUAGGUGAUUUGCUGAAGGUUAUUUUUGUCCCUGAUUACAAUGUCAGUGUGGCUGAAUUGCUUAUCCCUGCUAGUGAGCUCUCACAGCAUAUCAGUACUGCCGGCAUGGAGGCUAGUGGUACCAGUAACAUGAAGUUCGCUAUGAAUGGUUGCAUUUUGAUUGGGACCUUGGACGGUGCCAAUGUUGAAAUAAGGCAAGAAGUUGGAGAAGAAAACUUCUUCCUCUUUGGUGCUAAAGCUCACGAGAUAGCAGGGUUCAGAAAAGAGAGAUCUGAAGGCAAGUUUGUUCCAGAUCCACGUUUUGAAGAAGUGAAGGAAUUCGUUAGAAGUGGUGUUUUUGGUUCAAAUAACUACAAUGAACUGAUGGGGUCACUGGAAGGAAACGAAGGUUUUGGUCGUGCAGAUUAUUUCCUUGUGGGCAAAGACUUCCCUAGUUACUUAGAGUGCCAAGAGAAGGUUGAUGAAGCAUAUCGAGACCAAAAGCAAUGGACACGAAUGUCAAUCCUGAAUACAGCGGGUUCAUACAAGUUCAGUAGUGACAGAACUAUUCACGAAUAUGCUCGAGACAUAUGGAACAUUGAACCUGUGGAAUUGCCAUAAUUCAGAGAAUGCCUGCACUACCAAGUAGAGAGUUGGUCUGGCCACAAGCUUUUGUUUGUGAUGAACAUGGCAUCCUGUUGAUAUGUUUCAGUGUAAAUGAACUCUUCGGAGACAGCCGGUGGUGAAAAAAUGUAUCUUGAAUAAGUCUUGUAACACAAUAAUAAAAGGAUAAACAUUCUGAAUCC